UUUCAAGGAACGCGGAGCGUGCUAUGCUUUGAUGAUGUUGUCUGACGAGCACAAGCGAAACGGUGUGAUAUCUGCAUCUUUGGGUAACCACGCACAGGCUCUAUGUUACCAUGGUAAGCGUCUCGGCGUUCCGGUGACAGUGGUUAUGCCCACAGUAGCUCCAAUCAUAAAAAUUGAGGCUUGCAGGAAUUUCGGCGCAACCGUCAUAAUUCAGGGUAUCAACAUGAAGGAGUCUAAGCACAUCGCUCUUAAGCUGUCCAAAGAGAAGGGAAUCAUUUACAUCAAUGGGUACGAUCAUCCUCACAUAAUGGCUGGUCAGGGUACAGUUGGACUCGAGAUAUUAGAAGACGUUCCAGACGCCGAUGCGAUUGUCGUUCCUGUCGGUGGUGGUGGUCUGCUGGCUGGUGUAUCACUGGCCGUAAAAACACUGAGAAAAAACUGCAAAAUUAUUGUCAAAGUUGUAUGCGAGACGAGAGACUUGAGACACGCUCGUCUGCUGCAGGAGGUGAUAACGAAGAACUACAGUUCUUCCGUGUUCGGUGACAUACCAUUACCCAAAGUUCUUUGA